AUGCUGGGGCUGAACUACACUUCCGUGUCCGAGUUCAUCCUCAUCGGCUUCUCCACCUUCCCGCAGCAGCUCCUGCCUGUCUUCUUCCUGCUCUUCCUGCUGAUGUACCUGUUCACGCUGCUGGGGAACCUGCUCAUCAUGGCCACCAUCUGGAGCGAGCGCAGCCUGCACACACCCAUGUACCUCUUCCUGUGUGCCCUCUCCAUCUCCGAGAUCCUCUACACCUUGGCCAUCAUCCCACGCAUGCUGGCUGACCUGCUCUCCACCCACCACUCCAUCGCCUUCCUGGCCUGCGCCUGCCAAAUGUGCUUCUCCUUCACGUUUGGCUUCACUCACUCCCUGCUGCUGACGGUCAUGGGCUACGACCGCUACGUGGCCAUCUGCCACCCCUUGCGCUACAAUGUGCUCAUGAGCCCCCGUGGCUGUGCCUGCCUGGUGGCUGGCUCCUGGGCAUGCGGCUCGGCGGUGGGGCUGGUGGUGACCACGGCUAUUUUCAGGCUCUCCUUCUGCGGGUCCAACGAGAUCCAGCACUUCUUGUGUCAUGUGCCUCCACUGCUGAAGUUGGCCUGUGGAGACAAUGUGCCAUCGGUGGCCUUGGGCGUGGGCUUGGUGUGCAUCACCGCCCUCCUGGGCUGCUUCCUCCUCAUCCUCCUCUCUUAUGCCUUCAUCGUGGCCGCCAUCUUGAAAAUCCCAUCAGCUGAGGGUCGGCACAAAGCCUUCUCCACCUGUGCCUCGCACCUGAUUGUGGUCGUGGUGCACUAUGGCUUUGCCUCGGUCAUCUAUCUCAAGCCCAAGGGUCCCCGCUUUCAGGAAGGUGACACCUUGAUGGCUACCACCUACACCGUCCUCACACCCUUUCUCAGCCCCAUCAUCUUUAGCCUCAGGAACAAGGAGCUGAAGAAUGCUAUGAAGAAGACCUUCCUCCGGAGACUCCACUCCUCAACCACCUGA